AUGGCGGAGGCCAAGACACCACUCUAUGCAAAGGUCUUGAACAAGUACAAAUACAGAAGUACCCAGUCCUUACUGGAGCCUCUCUUGGCCGCUGGGUUCCCCGUACAUACGGCGCUAAAAGCUUUGGCAGCUACUGGACAAAAGACAGCAGAAGAAGCUGCAAAAUGGUUGCAUUCACACUGCAAUGAUCCUUGUUUGGAAGACCCAAUCCCUCAGGAAUAUGCCCUCUAUUUGUGCCCAACGGGCCCUUUGAGUGAUGUACUGAUGGAGUUUUGGAGAGAAAGCAAACAACAAUGUGGAAAAAAUAAAGCCCAUGAAGGUUUCCCACACAUCACGCUUUCUGAAUUCUUUACGUGUGAAGACCAAAAAGUUGAUGGCUUAUAUGAAGCCUUAAAAAGAGCAGGCGACAGGUUUUCCAGUUGCUUCCCGGCAAUCAUCUCCUUAUCACUACAUUCCUCCAGUACCUACAUUGGCUUCUUCGUUAGCGAUGGGCCUGCAAAUAUCAUCAAAUCAUUUGCUGCAGCUUUUGCCUCAGAGGCUAUGGUCUUAGCAGAUUGCUGUAUAAAACCUUCAACAAAACAGCUCCACCUUACAAUGGCCAACAAAUUUUAUCCUCACCAUCAAAAGACUUUGGAACAGCUGGCCAAAUCAAUAAAUUCUAAGCAAAACUGCCAGUGGACAGCAGUUCUGUAUUCCAGAGAUAUGCGAUUUGUACAUUACCAGCUUUUGAGAGCCUUGUACCAGUAUAAGCCUCAGAACAUUGAUGAACUCAUGCUGAAUGUUGGAGAUCUGAUUUAUGUUGACCGGGCACAACAAACUGAAGUUUGUGAUGGCUGGGUCAUUGGUAUCUCUCAUAGAACUGGAUGCCGGGGAUUUCUUCCUGAAAAUUACACAGAAAAAGCCAAUGAGUCGGAUACCUGGGUCAAGCACAGACAAUAUAUGUUCACUCUACAUUCAGGAUCACCUCCUAAGAAUCAGCCUUGCAUUCGACAGAAAAAUGCAAAUCCAGUGCAAAAAAUUGCAGCAAAAAUGCUUCCUCCUCAGCUUUCUAAGACAACCACAGUCCAAAGAGGCCUGUUGGUGAUUCGCCAUGGAGAAAGGGUAGAUCAGGUGUUUGGGAAGUCUUGGUUACAGCAGUGUUUUGAUGCAGAUGGAAAAUAUUAUCGAGCAGACCUCAAUUUCCCCACCACCCUACCAAACCGAAAAGAUGGCACCAAGAACUUUGAAUAUGAUCCUCCUUUAUCGUGUUGUGGUAUUUUCCAAUCUAGACUAAUAGGAGAAGCUCUACUGGAGAAGGAAGUAUUGGUUAGCUGUGUCUACUCUUCCCCAGCACUGCGCUGUAUCCAAACUGCUCAGUGUGUAUUAGAAGGGCUUGAUGUGGAACAAAAACUUAAGAUUUGUAUAGAACCUGGACUAUUUGAAUGGACUAAAUGGGAGGCAGGCACAAUUACACCCUCUUUUAUGACACACAGAGAAUUGACAGAGGUCAACUACAGUGUAGAUACCACAUACAAAUGUAAUUGUCCUCUUUCUUCUCUGAUGCCAUCCGAAGACUAUGAGGAUUAUGUUAACAGAUGCUCUGCGAGUAUCAAACAGAUUGUUGGCUCCUGUGCAACUGAAGGCACCAUCCUGAUUGUUGCCCAUGGCUCAUCUCUAGAUUCGUUCACCAGACCAUUAGUGGGUCUCCCUGCCAGAAAGAACAGUGACUUUGCCCAGUUUGUUCGGAAGAUACCUUCAUUGGGCAUGUGUUUCUGUGAAGAGCUUAAAGAAGAGAAAAAAUGGCAAAUGAUUAAGCCACCGGUCAAGAUGUUAACCCAUGGAGCGAAUGCUGCAUUCAAUUGGAAGCACAUCCUUCUGGACAAUUAA